AUGAGCCCGCUCCAAGAAGAGGACCUGCUGUUCCUUCUGCUUCGUCGUUUUGCGGAUUCCUCCGAUGCGACCGUAUAUGCAGAGAUCAGACGUUCGGAUGAUGUCCAAGUCUACGAUUCUACUAUCAAGGAACCGCUAGAAUCGAUGAUACUGGAAGGCUCUCUGAGCUAUGAUACCAGUGUCAUCCAUGCCGACCUCAAUAUGAACUACUCGAACCCCCAGGAAGAGGAUUCAUCAGACGAGACAGCCUACACUCUCCUGCCCCAGACACCUUCAGAAGUAGACACCACUUGUACGGUGACAGUCAACUUCCCCGCAACGGUGUCUAUCGAUCCACCAGAUAGCUCAGGCUUGCCUCCAGGUAAUCCACCGGAGUACUCAAGCUUAGAGUGGACAGAGAUCCGGCCAGAGCACGACUGGGCUCAAUUGCCAUCCAAGCUCCAACCUCCGAGCUUUCGCAUACAUCGAUGUCACCAUAGAGGAGUGGAGCGUGGUGGUGAAGACGAUGCUUUUGAGCUACCUCUGGGGUUUCCUGAAAUAGUGCAGCAUAUGGAAGAAGCUUGCAACGACGUCACCAACGCUACGUUUCGAAUCCACGAUCAGUCAAGGCAGUCCCUGCCUUUAGGAGGUACACAGAGCUUUGAGUGCGAUUUGUUCGCCACAAUCCCUUCGUUGUACAUCACAGUGAAGCGGGAUGAAAUUUUUUUGGUGUACGAGUGUUUCAGGAACAGAGAGGACUGGAUUUCAUCCCACAACGGUCAUGAGGAGUGUUCUGGAUGUUAA